UUAGAAAGUACAAAAAGUGAAGGCUUGAAACAAUGUAUCAUUAUCGGCUCUCAUAACUCUAGAGCAAAGACUCAAGAUCUCAACGCAAUCAACAAGAAGGACUCAUCCCGACGUGAGCACCACGACUUGACACGACCCGACCUGACCAUGCCCUCUCUGCUGCGCUAUCUCACCCUGUCUCUGCUCGCACUGCUCCCCCUGCCCUCACUCAGCCUCUACAGUGGAGACGCGGGUUUCUAUGAAACAUCUGGAGGCGAGCCGCAGAAUGACGCGCAUGUGCCAGACCACAAGUGGCUUUCCAUCGCCAAACAGCUGCGGAGAGACAUCGCGAGCGUCCGCGAUGAGCAGUUUAAAAGAGACUUCGCCGAAACUUUCAACAUGACCGAGUUCGCCGGUGUGAGGAUGGAGAUGCCGCUCCUCGGGCCCUCAGACGGCUGUCUGCCCUCCGACUUCAUCCCGCAAACAUGUCUGCAGCAGAUCUACAGCGGUUUGCGGUGGUAUCAAGCUUACCUGCCUGAUGUGGAGAGGGAGAACCUGAACGCAGAUCUCAUGAAGAAUAUUCACUUCGGGACCACACGAUUGUUACAUUUAAUCAAAGAAAUAAUCCAAGUAAACAACGAUAAAGCUGACCUCCCCUCCUUACCCGACGAUUCAGCGUGGAAACGGAAGAUUCUCACACACUCCAUUCUGUACUACUUCGCAGACUUCAUGACCGAUACAGCCAGAGCCAUUAACUUCAUGAAGACUAAGAAACUAACCAAACACAUCAUAAGGGAAGACGGCUGGCUCUUAAAACACAAGCAAUGAAUUGCCUGGGGUCUUAUUUUAUUUAUCUGGUCACAUAUUUAUUUAUUUAUCUAUUUAUUGCAGUUAUUUUUUAAAAAGUUUAAAUAUUUAAAAUUGAGAAGUUAAUAUUCGAAAGUGAAGGGAAUUAAUACUCCGAGAGUGAAAAUUAGUAGAAAUUUGUACUUUUGUACAGCAUAUGAACAUAAGUUAUUGUGGUCCGAGUUACAUUAACUCACCUUGUAUGCGUUAUAUUAACACGUGACUGUUUU